CUUCUGUUAGCACCUUUUCGUAAUCCAGGGGACGUGACAGUCCAGAGCUCCAAGUGCCUCAGCUGAAUUCUACUUUUGUUUUUAUUUCUCCCUCGCUUCCUCUUGUUUUCCUCUAAUCUGAUUCAUCUGCGAGGUCUGACGCUUCUGCCAGAGGGAGCAAGGAAUAAAGAGAUGCUGCUGCCCCAGAAGGCUUAGACGUCGGGAAAGAAGAGCCAGAGCGGCAGGGGCGGCGGCGGCAGGAGGUCGGUGGAGCUCGUGGGACCCCAUUGGGGGAAUUUGAUCCAAGGAAACAGAUCGUCGGGGGAGGAGAAGCUCCCAGAUCAUUGUGUCCACUUGCAGGAGGGGAAGAGGGGACCGCGGAGCGGGCCUCUCGGCGUGCUCGGCACUGCUCCACCCUGCCCCGUCCUACCGGGAUCAUGGUCUGCGGCAGUCCAGGAGGGAUGCUGCUGCUGUGGGCUGGGCUGCUCGCCCUGGCUGCGCUUUGCCUGCCCUCGGUGCCCGGAGCUCGGGCUGCAGCCUGUGAGCCCGUCCGCAUCCCCCUGUGCAAGUCCCUGCCCUGGAACAUGACCAAGAUGCCCAACCACCUGCACCACAGCACCCAGGCCAACGCCAUCCUGGCCAUCGAGCAGUUCGAAGGUCUGCUGGGCACCCACUGCAGUCCCGAUCUGCUCUUCUUCCUCUGUGCCAUGUACGCGCCCAUCUGCACCAUUGACUUCCAGCACGAGCCCAUCAAGCCCUGCAAGUCUGUGUGCGAGCGGGCCCGGCAGGGCUGCGAGCCCAUCCUCAUCAAGUACCGCCACUCGUGGCCCGAGAGUCUGGCCUGCGAGGAGCUGCCUGUUUAUGACCGUGGCGUGUGCAUCUCUCCCGAGGCUAUCGUCACCGCGGACGGAGCCGAUUUUCCUAUGGAUUCUAGUAAUGGAAACUGUAGAGGGGCCAGCAGUGUUUAUCCAGUCAUUCGGGCUAAAGUUAAAGAAGUAAAGACCAAGUGCCAUGAUGUGACUGUAGUAGUUGAGGUGAAGGAGAUUUUAAAGUCUUCUCUGGUAAACAUUCCACGGGACACCAUUAACCUUUAUACCAGCUCUGGCUGCCUGUGUCCUCCACUUAAUGUUAACGAGGAGUAUAUCAUCAUGGGCUAUGAAGAUGAGGAACGUUCCAGAUUACUGUUGGUGGAAGGUUCUAUUGCUGAGAAAUGGAAGGAUCGACUUGGUAAAAAAGUUAAGCGCUGGGAUAUGAAGCUCCGUCAUCUUGGACUGAAUAAAAGUGAUUCUAGCCAUAGCGAUUCCACUCAGAGUCAGAAGUCUGGCCGGAACUCCAGCCCCCGGCAAGCACGCAACUAAAUCCUGAAAUGCAGAAAGAACAUCAGUGGACUUCCUAUUAAGACUUGCGUUGCUGGACCAGCAAAGGAAAAUUGCACUAUUGCACGCCAUAUUCUAUUUUUUACCACAAAAAUCAUGUGGUAACUGAUAUUACUUCUAUUUUCUCUCUUGUUUUCUGUUUUUCUCUUCCCUCCCCCACCUCCUUUUUUUGUGGUCUGAGUGCAGAUCCUUAAAUAUAUGCAUUCUGUUUCACUAAUCCUGGGAAAACUGUUCUUUGCAAUAAUAAUAAAUUAAACAUGUUGAUACCAGGGCCUCUUUGCUGGAGCAAAUGUUAAUUUGCUGUUCUGCACCCAGAUUGGAAAUGCAAUAUUGGAUGCAAAGAGAGUUUUCUGGUAUCCACAGAAAGCUAGAUAUGCCGUAAAGCAUAGUCUGCUCAUCCAGUUACCAUUGCCUCAUUUUCACAUGCCUUUUGGGCAUUCUCUUCAUGCUUAAAAGUUUUGAAUGUUUAUAAAGGUAAAAUGGCAGUUUGAAAUCAAAUGCCACACAGGCAAAGCAAUCAAGCACCAGGAAGCAUUUAUGAGGACACGACACACAAGAUUAAUUAUUUGCAAGAUUGGCAGGAAGCAAAAUAAAUAGUGGCAGGAGCUGGGGAAAGAACAUUUCGCCUGAUUGAGAAGCACCACUGAAACCAGUGGCUGUUGGGGUGUAAACAGUAGCAUUUUUCUUUGGGCAAUACAUUUGAUUUGUUUAUGAAUAUAUUAAUCAGCAUUAGGGAAGUAAAUUAUAACUAGACAUCUGCUGUUGUCAGUGUGGCUCUGUUAAAUUUGCUUCCCUUUAAAUAAACCCAUUGGUGUAAGUCUUUUUUUCCCCAUCUUUUAAAAUAAAUCUUGACUUGCUGCAUUGACCAGGAAAAGAAAGUAUGUAUGCAUGUGCACCGGGGUGUUAUUUUUAAAAGAUACAUAGCUCUAUAAAUUGCUGUAGUUUGCAGGAUGGUAAAAUGUGUGAGGGUGUGCGUGUGUGUGUGUGUGUGUGCACUCACACCCAAGCUGUACUGAAUUACAGGCCUGUACUUUAUCAUUUGGAUUUGUGCUGUUUAAUGCUCAGUAAAAUAUGCCUAAUAAAAGGAAUUCUGGUUGUCAGGA